AAUAUCUUUACAAAUAGGGUUACAUUCACAUGCAAUUGCAACUAUCAAAAAUUCUAUGACCUAUUGCACUGUGAAGAAAAUGAUUGCACAAAUUUAUUACAGAUUCAUUAAUUCUUCGAUUAACCUCUUUUUACCACAGUUCUAUCGACGCGAUUGUGUCUCUAUCAUUCGCCUGCCGAAUAUCAAAUCGAAUCAAAAUCACAUAUAAUCUAAAUGAUAAUAAAAAAAAAAAAAGGUCCCUUAUCCAAGUGGGCAAAAGGGACAUUGUCAAAUGUCAAAAUCUCUUAACCUUGAUCGUGACCUUACCCCCCCCCUCCUCCUUCUCCCCCCCCCCCCCAGAGGAGGUCAACUUCUGGACGAUGGCGAUCGUGGCGGUGGGCACGGGGUUCAUCCUCACCGUCGCCGUCUCCAUCUACCUCAUCUGCCAGACGCGGCUGGAGCGCCCCCCCCAGCCCCACCCCCCGAGGAUGGUCCGACACAUCAGCCAAGGCCCCGACGCCCUUCCGCUCGCCCUCACGCACGCCCACCACGACCUCCACGCCCACAACGACCUCCACGACCACCACCUGGACGACCUCCACGACCUGGACGACCUGGCUCCCCCCCUGAGCUACCUGCCCCCCCCCGCGACGCCGCUACAGGUUUCCAAUCUGGUUUCUGAGGCUCCCUGUUGUGGUCUGGGCAAGGCGCUGGGCUGCUCUAAGAUCUAA